CACCGAGCUGGCACCUGCUCCUUCGGCGUCACUGCGGGAUUUGUCUAGCGACUUCCCUCGCAGGGGUGUGUUAGGGGGAGUCCUCUUUCCGACUGUCGAAAUGGUCAUCAAAGUGUUUGUUGCCACAUCUUCUGGGUCCAUAGCGAUUAGGAAAAAACAGCAGGAAGUGGUGGGCUUUUUGGAAGCCAAUAAAAUAGACUUUCAGGAACUGGACAUAGCUGGCAAUGAAGACAACAGGAAGUGGAUGAGGGAGAACGUUCCUGGGGAGAGGAAGCCCCAGAAUGGGAUCCCUCUGCCUCCUCAGAUCUUCAACGAAGAGCACUACUGUGGGGAUUUUGACUCUUUCUUCUCUGCAAAAGAAGAAAAUAUUAUCUAUUCAUUCCUUGGUUUGGCUCCCCCUCCAGGGUCAAAGGUAACAAAGUCUGAGGAAGCGUCUUCCCUUCCCAAUGGAGACGUAGCAGGAGAGGCAGAGGGCGCUGCAGAGGGCACAGAGAAGGCCGAGGAAAGUGGAGACAGCGAGGCACACAAAGAGGACAAGGAAGACACUGGCGACCUUCCUGAAUCCCAGAGAAGAAUGUGACAAAUGGAGGAGGACCCAGGAGGAGCUGGAGAGAAGGGGAAUGAUGAAGAAGAGGGAGAAGAGGGAGAGAGAACAGAAGAGACAGAAGGGGUAACAGAGGAAGGAGCAGAGGGAGAGGCCGAGGAAGAGGAAGCUGAGGAAGAAGCAGAAGGAGAAGACUCGUAGGCGGUCCAGGCCAGUUCUUCCACUUUUCCCAGAACAGCCGAGCCACAAGGCCACAUUUCAACUCUCUCCACUAACUUGACGAAAUCUUUGGCUCGAAGCCUCAGCACACCUGGGUUCACCGAGGACUUGUGCCCUCCGAUGCAGUUAGGUGUAUUUGGGUACCACUUCACUGUGUCGACGUGAAGCUGAAUGUGAAGAGUGCACAUACUGUGCCUACAAUUCUUGGUCUUUGCUUUAAUUUUGUUUCUUUUGCUACACACAAGUAGACCUUCCAUUAAUACUGUGCGAGCGGGAUCUUACUGUGACGCAACAGGAGUAUUUCUCUGUGUACUGCUUGUUUUAGGCUUGGCUUUCAAAACAAAAUACUCCCCAGAGAGCAGUCAUAAAUAAAGAUUGAUAGCAAGAAUC